ACAACCUCUCUCUAAAUAGUUCUGGUCAGACUAUUGGGAUUAUUAGUUAAAGGCUCCGGCCUGGUCUGGACCAGAACCAGAGGUUUACCACCCCCUGGGAGGUAAAACCUCCCAACUGCAAACUCAAUGGGCGUGCCCUGGUAUUAGCACUGCGCAAGCAGGAAGAAGGACCCAGUGCGUUCCUAGCUUUUAUAUGCUAUCUAUGUUUCCUAGACUUGAGACUGCACACAACAUAAAUAUCUACGAAAAGGCAUCAUGGUGAACUGCUGUGGUCUGCUUACUGCCACCAAGGAACCAGUUCCUCUGAAGAGCGUCGACGUGGAGGUCACGGUGCGGGAUCACGUGGCGACGGUCGCCGCCACCCUGCUGUAUGAGAACAAAGAGCAGAGCCCCAUCGAGGCCGUCUUCGUCUUCCCGUUGCCCGGCGAUGCCGCCGUCUGCCAUUUCAGCGCCAAGAUCGGCCAGUCGGAGGUGGUGGCCGAAGUGCGGGAGAAGCAGAAGGCUCGCGAGGAGUAUGACGACGCGCUCACCAGGGGCCAGCAGGCCUUCCUAUUGGAGGAGAGCGAGAGGAGCCCGGACGUGUUCUCCCUGAGCGUGGGCAGUCUGCCUCCGGGGGAGAGCGCCUCCAUCAGGCUGGAGUACGUCACUGAGCUCGCAGUCCAGGCUGACGACGGCCUGAGAUUCUGCCUGCCUGCCGUGCUAAACCCACGCUAUCAGCCUUUGGGCAGUGAUGGCGGUGCUGGGACCAUCAGCUUCGGCCCUGGCACCUCUGUACCAGCCAGUCUGGUGCCCUACAGUCUGUCUCUCUGUGCCAGUGUCUGUUCUCCACGGCCCAUCACUAAAGUAGAAUCCAACUGCUCCCUGGACCCGGUGCAGUACCUCAACCAACAGCAGACCCAGGCCGCAGUAAAGCUGGCCGCGGGGCAUAAGUUUGACCGGGAUGUAGAGCUGCUGUUGUAUUACAAAGACUCCCACCUGCCUACGGCUGUGGUGGAGGCGGGCUGUGCGUCUGCUAAGCCUGGUUCUCUGAUGGGCGACCCGGUGGUCAUGGUCAGCCUGUACCCCGAGUUCCCGCCGGCGGUGAUGUCAUUAAUGACCAAGUCUGGGGAGUUCCUGUUUGUGAUCGAUCGUUCUGGAAGCAUGAGUUCGACCAUGAGUAAUGCAGAUAGAAGUCAGAUUCGCAUUGAUAGUGCCAAGGAAACACUGCUUCUCCUGUUGAAGAGCCUUCCGAUUGGCUGCUAUUUCAACAUCUACAGCUUUGGUUCCAGUUAUACCCACAUCUUCCCGCAGAGUGUAGUAUACAGCCAGCAGACAAUGGAUGAAGCUCUGAAGGUGAUUGAGGACCUGCGGGCCGACAUGGGAGGAACAGAAAUUCUUGAACCACUUAAGCAUAUCUUCCAGCAACCCUGCAUCCCCAGUCAGCCAAGACAACUGUUUGUCUUUACUGACGGCGAGGUGUCUAACACCAAGGCAGUGAUAGAUGUGGUGAAGAGGAAUUCUGGUUCUCACAGGUGUUUCUCUUUUGGUAUUGGCGGGGGAGCCAGUACGGCCCUCAUCAGCGGGUUGGCCAAAGAAGGACGGGGCCACGCCCAGUUCAUCACCGGUGCUGACAGAAUGCAGUCCAAAGUGAUGCAGUCACUGCGCUUUGCUCUGCAACCGGCUGUGGUGGACAUCUCUGUCACAUGGGACGUACCUGCCGGUGUGUCAGUCACUACACUUACUCCGCCCAUCACAAACCUCUUCCAGGGUCAGAGGUCAUUGAUCUAUGCCCAGCUCACUGGAGAGGGCCCUGGGGAUGCAGAGGGCUGUGUGACAGUGAAAUAUAGCCUGGCAGAACAUCCUACUCAGAAUCAGCUGAAUUUCCGCCUCAAGCCGACAGAGGACACAGGGUUGACUGCCCACCGACUGGGGGCUCGGACCCUGAUUCGCUCUCUGGAAGUGGAGGCAAACGAACCCGGUGACCUUAGCGACCAAGUCAAGGCAAAGGAAAAGGUGGUCGAAGUCAGUGUCCAAUCAGGAGUGAGCAGCUCCCUUACUGCCUUCAUCGCCGUGAACAAGGGCAACGGGGAGGCUUUACAAGGGCCUCUUCUGCGCAGAAAUGUGCCGGCACCGAGGAUGAAGAUGGGCAUGAUAUGGGGGCAAAUGGCACAGCAGCAAAUGGCACAGCAGCAAAUGGCACAGCAGCAAAUGGCAAUGACAAGAUGUAUGGCCAUGCCUCUUUCUGCAGACCGGAUGAUGAUGCGGCAGCAAAUUGGGGCACAGCAGCAAAUUGCACAGCAGCUAAUGUCAAUGCCAAUGGCACAAUGUGCGCCCAUGACUCUUUCUGCAGACCGUUCAAAUAUCAUAGCGUAUCAAGGCUAUCAUUCUGCUGGAAUGGUAGAAAUGGAUUCCGCUGAUUAUGAGGAUCCACAAGAUCUGGCUAUCCCGGCUCCAAGGGACCCCAUGCUACAGCUGAUCUCCCUCCAGAGGGCUUCUGGCUCCUGGCUACUGGAGUCCGCUCUGGCUGCCGUAUUUGGAAGGACCCUCAAGGAUGUGGAGGGUGCAACGCCUGUGUCGGUGAGCCCAGAAGUGUGGGCUACAGUUCUGGCUGUGAUCUGGCUCCAUGGCUUCAAGAAGGAUGCUCAGGAGGAGUGGGAGUUUCUGGCAAUGAAGGCUGUGUCAUGGCUGCUUGGGGAAAAAGUGCCCUGCAUGACAGAGUGCGUAGAAGCAGGGAAUGUCCUGCUGGGAUGCCAGGUGCAGGAGUCUUCCAUGGGAAUGUGAGUGGUUCAGGGUGUAAGCAGGGCAGUGUCCCUGUUCUGUGGUUCACCGUCAGCUGGGGGAUGGUACACUUUUCAGGUCCUUCCCAGAGCUGUUGCUUGUCCUAAUGGCCUUUGAUUAUUUGUGCCUUUGUGAUUAUCUGCACUGGAUGUAUUCUUCCAGGAUAAGCCAUGUAACCCAAUCCACAAUGCAUGCUUUAAAGAUAAUAAUAUUAAAUUACAUUAUUCAUUUUAUCUUACAUUUUACAACGGAUACAUGUAGCAGCCUACCUGUGUGUGGCAGGCUACCAAACCUGUGUUUUUUGCCCAAGUUAUCUGUAAUUUGAAGCCUAAAACAAAUGCUAACAAAAUGUGCUGUAAUUGGGAUCAACUGUUAUUUUUAUAUUUUGCUUUAAUACGAGACAAAUGGCUUCUGUCCUCAUUUGUUUUCAUUACAAAUAGUCAUGGUGAUUUAAUAAACUCUACCAUAAAAGUG